AUGAAAAGGCCAAAUUUGAAGGUAAAGAUCUGGUUUCAAAAUCGCCGAUCGAAGCAGAAGAAAUCGAAAGGUAGCGUGGAGCGGACAUCGGAUGAAGAAGGUGAAUCUGAAGAUCGAGCCGAUUCAACUCCUCCUGAAGAAGGUGGAUCGAACAAUGCUGUGACGGAUUGGCAACAUAUGACCGGACUGGCACCAACUAGCCUGCCCUCUGCAGGACUUCCUCCUACUGGUCUCGGUCCUUCCAAUCUGCCGUCCACAGUCCUACCACCACCACAGUCUCAGCAGACUGUCGUACCACCAUCGGGUUUAAUGCCACCGCCAUUAAACACUCCUCUAUCCACUUACGAUCCACUCAAGUACUCCUCUAGCGAUGAGCUCAAGCCGUUCUACGACCAGUCAGCCUAUUACCAACCGUAUAUUCUACCACAUUCAGGGUACAAUGGUUACUAG